AUGCUUAAUUGCAGCUGCCAGACCCGUGUUCACAAGGACAAGGAGUCCAGAUGCAACCGCAAGCCCCCAGCGCUGCGGAGGCGUCUGAGGAGAACCAGGACCAGCAACGCGAGCCGCCGUUACAUGAAGCCGUGGGAUCGGGAGCUGUUGAAGUUCAAACGGUGGCCACCCCGGAAGAAGAUAGGGAUGUUCACUUUUCACCUGGGCUUCCUGUCUACCUAUCUCUCGGAGCCUGUCGUCAAGGCCUUUACCAGUGGUGCCGCCUUGCACGUGGUGGUGUCCCAGCUCCAGAGUCUACUGGGAUUGCCCCUCCCCCGUCCCGAUGGCUGGUUCACCAUCUUCAAGACGCUGGCGUCUGUGGUGGAAGCUUUUCCCUUAACCAACAUAGCUGAACUGUUGAUCUCAGGCCUCUGCUUGGCUGUGCUGGUGCCCAUCAAGGAGAUCAACAACCGCUACCGUAGCCGGAUGUGGGUCCCCAUCCCAGGAGAGAUCAUCAUGGUAUUGCUGGCCACUGGCGUUUGUUUUGCCUCUUCCCUCAACACCCAUUACAACGUGCAGAUUGUCGGACACCUCCCAGCGGGGUUCCCACAACCCCAGCUCCCAGACCUGCAUCUGCUGCCCCAAAUGCUGGGAGACACGGUGGCCGUCACUUUCGUGGCCUACGCCAUCUCAGUGUCUCUGGCCAUGAUCUACGCUGAGAAGCACCACUAUACCAUUGAUCCCAACCAGGAGCUCUUGGCCCACGGCCUCUCAAAUCUGGUCUCCUCCCUGUUCACCUGCUUCCCCAGCUCAGCCACACUGGCUACAACCAACAUCUUGGAAACUGCUGGCGGAUACACACAGCUCUCUGGCCUUUUCACCAGUGCUGUGGUUCUGAUCGUGUUGAUGUGGAUCGGACCACUGUUCUACUACCUGCCCAAGGCUGUUCUUGCGUGUAUCAACGUCACCAGCCUUCGUCAGAUGUUUUUGCAGUUCCAGGACCUGCCUGAGCUGUGGAGGAUCAGCCACAUUGACUUUGCUGCAUGGGUGGUCACGUGGCUCUCGGUGGUUGUGAUCAAUGUCGACCUUGGCUUGGCAGUGGGAGUGGUGUUCUCCAUGAUGACUGUGGUGUGCCGCACACAGAGGGCCGAAUGCUUGGUGCUUGGCAGGGCAGCUGACACAGAGAUCUACAGGCCUGUUAAGGACAAUAGCAAGUGUUUUGAGAUCUCAGGGGUGAAGAUUUUAAGCUACCAGGCCCCCAUCUAUUAUGGGAACCGCAGUUUCUUCCGCGACACUGUGAGCCGUCUAGUAGGGCUGAGCCAGGAGCGGGAGCCGUAUGAGGAUCAAGGCCCAGAUAUCAAGAUGCACGUCAGCACUGUGGAAAGCAGCAUCUCUGUCCUAGACAAGAAACCUGGCUCAGGUACGGCAGUGCAGGCUGUGGUUCUUGACUGCAGCGGAGUGGCCUUUGUUGAUUCAGCUGGGGCACGUCUCCUUAUUCAGGUGUGCGUUGAAUGCCAAAAAGCCGGCCUGCAGAUGCACUUAGCUGCUUGCAACGCAAAUGUCCUGCGAACCCUAAGCUUGUGUGGCCUCAUGCGUCACCUACACCCACAGCAGAUUUUUGUCACCGUUCACGACGCUGCGUCCUACCUCCAGCAGACCACGGAAACUGUGGAGCAGAAGGACCCAACCAUCUGGGUAUAACGCUUCGCUGUCUGUCCGGGGUCAAGGACUGUAUCAAAUCAACUCACGUGUAUCAGGAUGAGACUGGAGAG